AUGAAGCAGCCGUCAGGUGGAGAAGCCAAGGCCGUUGGUCAUGAAUUGGCCAGUGUUCUUCCCAACGAUGGCAUUCCAUGGUGGAAGAAGAGCCACCUGAUCAAGCUCAACUUCUGCAUCGUCUCCUUCAUGCUGUUCACCAGCUCGAACGGCUUCGAUGGCUCUGUCAUGAACGGUUUCUUGGCCUUGUCUCAGUGGAAAGACUUCAUGGGCAAUCCCACAGGCGCAUGGCUUGGCUUCAUCAACGCCAUGUACUCUCUCGGAGCCGUCAUUGGCUUUCCGCUCACCGCAAUGCUUUGCAACCGCUGGGGCCGCAAAAUCGGCCUUUGGCUCAGCGUGUUCAUCUCCUUGGUCGGCACUGCACUGCAAACCGCUGCUCCGAAUCAAGCCGCGUUCAUUACCGCCCGUUUCUUGAUGGGUGUUUCCCAGGGUCUUUCGGUUGGAGCGCCCCUGUUGAUCGCCGAAAACGCGUUCCCCACGCACCGUGGAAUUGCUUCAAGCAUGUACAAUUCGGGCUGGUACGUCGGUGCAAUUGUUGCUGCGUGGGCGACCUUUGGCACAAGGAACAUGGAGGGCUCAGCAGCCUGGCCAGCGCUCCCCGCAAAGCAAGCUUAA